AUGUGGAAGCCUUCCAUACACCAUCUAGAGGCCUCCCUUCUCCUCCGGACAGGCCGCUGUCUGGGUUGUCAAUUCCGUCCCAGCGCAACUCCCUCCGCCCUGCGCUUCUAUGCAACCCAGAACAACAGCAAGAAACCGAGCGACACCGAAAGCAAAACUCCAGCUCAACCGCUCCGCGUAUCGCCCGGAGCAAGAAAACCCUCGGGCUUCCGGUUCCAGCAGAACCCUUCGCGGGACCAGUCUGCGCAGCCUGGCGAUGCGGACUUCAUUCUGCCGACACUCGACCGACCGAUUGGCUGUGCAGCACCACCAGAAGAAGGAGAAAAUACCGGGAUUGACACGCGCUCCAUACGGCAGCGGCGGGAUGACUUUGUCGACUAUGACCGGCAUAUUGAGCGCCGCAAGGAACUGACGAGACAAGUCGCAAAACCAUAUUUCCGAGAAUGGUCCAACCUGCGCCACGCCCAGGGCAAAACCUUUGUAUCGAACCCGCGGCUCUUCCGAGCCGACAAGGCCCUAUACUUCCCCAACAUGUACGGCGCGACGCUCGCAUCUCCCAAAGAACCGCAGAACACCACCUCCGUCCUGCGCGGCAAGAUCUCCAUAGUCACCCUAUUCUCCAGUCUCUGGGCCGAGAGCCAAGUUGCGACGUUUACAGGACCGAAGCAGAACCCCGUAUUGGCAGAGGCGCUUGCGAAAAGCAGCCAGUUCGCGCAGAAAGUGGAUAUCAAUCUGGAAGAAAAUCGCAUGCGGGCGUGGCUGGUGAAACGGUUUAUGUGGCGGAUGCGCCAGAACUUGCCUCAGCACCAGCAUGAACGGUACUUCCUGGUGCAGAAGGGGGUGAACGAGGUGCUGAAGGAGGCGAUUGGAAUGAUUAAUUCCAAGGUCGGCUAUGUCUACCUUGUGGACGCGGAGUGUCGCAUCCGCUGGGCGGGCAGUGGACCGGCUGAGGAGACGGAGAUGGCUGCUCUGAAUGCCGGCCUGCUAAAGCUGAUUGCUGAAAAGCAAAAUGCUGCCCAAUAA